CUGCCACGUUCUUUCACAAGAGAGUUCACCUUCUACUGAGCCUUGACCCCAGCGUUUUUCAACAAUGGGACAUCUUCAGAGGAUGAGGAGUGUUUUGAAAUGUGUGCUCUUUGUUCCCAUCACACUCUGUGCGAUCUACGUAAUACCUCCAUCUGUAAAACUUUUAAUUGGCUUCAUGCCUAUGGAGAAAUGCCAUUUGGAAAGUGCAAAGAUGCUGAAUCUGGACAGCAGUGUGGACGCCAGCCUCAACCUCCAGUCCAGACCUGACGUGCUAACCUGUACAUAUUGGAAAGCUGCCAUCAUCUGGGAAGGGAUGUUUGACCCCCGCCUCUAUGACGAGAUGCACAAGAUGAAAGGAUCCUCUGUGGCUCUAACAGUCUUUGCUGUGGGCAGAUACCUUGAUGCUUACCUACACACAUUCCUGAACUCAUCCGAGCAACACUUUAUGGUGGGUUUGCCCGUGACCUACUACGUGUUUACGGACAUGCCAGAGAAGGUGCCUAACAUCAAGUUGUCUCCUCUGAGAAGCAUGAAGGUGAUCAAAGUGGAGAAGAACUCCAGGUGGCAGGACGUCUCUAUGAUGCGAAUGAAGAGCAUAUCAGAUGUGAUAGAGUCUGAUAUUCGCCACCACUGCACGCACGUCUUCUGCUUUGAUGUGGAUCAGGUAUUUACCGGGAGAUUUGGAUCAGAGGCUCUUGGGGAUUCAGUGGCUCUGCUCCACGCCCACUACUACCGCCUUCCAAAGCAUUUGUACACCUACGACCGCAACCCAAACUCCAAGGCGUACAUGGAAACUGGGGAUUAUUACUACCACGCUGCCAUCUUCGGAGGCUCAUGGAAGAAUGUGAAAGCGUUGACCGAGGCCUGCUAUCAGGGCAUCAUGGAAGACAAACAGAACAAUGUGGAGGCUCUAUGGCACGAUGAGAGCCAUCUGAACAAGUACAUGCUGCUCCACAAACCCAGCAAGGUUCUCUCUCCAGAGUACUGCUGGGAUACCAGCAUCGGUUUCAGGAGGGACAUACAAGUCACCCGAUUACUGUGGGCACCAAAAUAUUAUGACACACUUCGCACACCUUAAAAACUUGACAAAUGCUAACAAAUGUAAUGUCUCAGGUUCUCGUGCUCCCUGGCUCCAUUUUGUUCUCUCAGGAAUUAAUUUGCAGAUCUGCAAGUAUUUUCAUAAUGG